GCCUAAACCAAAAAAUAGAAAUGUCAUGAUCUGGUGUCGUGUUCCACUUUGCCCUUUUGGUUUACAGCCAGCCAUGAAGGUUACUCACAAGGAGAAAAGCGCCAUGGACAAGAGCAACACGGUGAAGCUCUUCGUGGGCAACCUGGCGUUGGACACCACCCAGGAGGAGCUGUCGGCCAUCUUCGAGCCCUACGGCCAGGUGGUGAGCUGCAGCGUGCUGCGGCAGUUCGCCUUCGUCCACCUGCAGGGCGAGGGCGCCGCCGAGCGAGCCAUCCGGGAGCUCAACGGACGGGAGUUUCGGGGACGGAAUCUGGUGGUGGAGGAGUCGAGGGGGAGGCCGUUGCACUCCACCAAGGUGUUUGUGGGUAACCUGAGUGGGAUGUGCACCACCGAGGACCUCCAGCAGCUGUUCCAGACAUUUGGGAAAGUUCUCGAGUGUGAUAAAGUGAAAGCCAGGCAUUCCUCUUCCGCAGGCUAUGCCUUUGUCCACAUGGAAAACAAGGAAGACGCGCUCCAGGCCAUCGAGGCCCUGCACGGCACCUCCUUUAAGGGCCGCCCCCUGUCCGUAGAGCUGUCCAAGGUCCAGCCCAGCAAGCAGGCGCCUACAGGAAAAAUCCCCUGCGUUAACUGCGGGAAGCAGGGCCACUAUGCUGGAGAGUGCCCCGUGGGGAAGCCCUCUCUGGAGCAGUACCAGAGUCAGGCCGCGGUCCUGGCCGCCGCCGCCGCUGCAGCCGCCGGCCUGCCGCUACAGGUCCAACAGAGCGUGCACAAUUCGGUCUACAACACCUCCACCUUUGAUCCCACAUACGCGGCUCUCACUGGGAUCACCACGGGCACGCGCACUGAUGGGAACCCAGUGAAUCCGGCCGUUUAUGGGGCUCUUGCCAGCCAGGUGUACGGUGCCAAUGUUGCCAGUCAGCUUUAUGGAUCGGUGGCCAAUCAGGCAGCUCUCACAUCAGGCGCCACCCAAAUGUACAGCUCGAUGGCGCCCAACAUCUACGGCCAGAUGGCGGGGAACCCGGCUGCUGCUGCGGUUGCCGCCGCCUACUCCCCUCAAGUUUACACCCCGACCAUGGCCAACUCCCAUGUCUAUCUCACUGCUGCUCAUGGACUAGAUAUGCAAACGGCAGCAGCUGCGGUCAACCCCGCCUACACUGUAUCUCCAGCUAUUUAUGGCGGCGCCGGGCCGGCCUACGCUCAUAUAAGCGCCAUGGGAACGGCGGACCACACCACGGCCAUCUUUGAGGCCGCCAGACAGGCACAUUACUUUGCCCAGGGCCAGCAGGUCAUGGCUGACCAGCAGACGGUGGCUGCUGCAGCGGCUGCGGCGGCGGCUGCGGCGAAGUCUGGUGAGAGGGACCGCAGUCCCCUACGGAGGUCGGUACCUCUGCUACCAGACCCGGUGAUGAAGCCGUUCAUGUACCAGAGAGCCAAGCCGCGCCGGCCCCUGCUCCCCACACCAGCCGGCCGGGCGGCAGAAGAGGCCGCGGAGGCCGCAGAGGACCCGAUGGCCAGGUACUAUGCCGAGUACUACCAGCAGCUGCAGCAGUACCCCCAGUUCCAGUACGCCUACCCGCCGCCGAGCGCAAUGACAGCCAUCUCUGGCAUGCAGGGAGUGUCAUCCGCGAUGUCGGCCCAGUCGGUGGCCGCGCUGGACGCCCUCAGGCCAGUGGUCCCCACCGCUGCGGCAGUGGCAGCCGCCAUGGCUGCACCAAGGGUGUAUGAGCCGCCGUUGCCGCCGCCCACGCGCAAGGAGGCCAUCCUCCGCCGCCCGAACUCUCCCUUCACACGCCUGAGCCCCCUUCCGAUAGUCGCACACAACUCUCUGCCCCCCACCCCACCCCACCCAACCCCUUCCCUCUUCGCCCUGAACCCCAUCCCACAUCUCCCUCUUCCACCCCAAACUUGACCACCUUACAGCAGCUGUAUGUGUGUGUAUGUGUGUGUAUGUAUGUGUGUGUGUGUGAGUGCGUCUGCGGGAUCUCAGUGUGUGGGGGUGGG